AUGAGCGGGUCGAAUUCGAAGGCUGCGGCCUUGGGGUCGGCCGUUGGGCCCGGGGGGCUGGUAACUGGCAAGGAAGAGAAGAAGAAGGCGGGCGGCGGCGUCCUGAACAGGCUCAAGGCGCGGCGGCAGGCGCCCCACCACGCGGCAGACGACGGCAUCGGGGCAGCGGUCACGGAGCAGGAGCUGCUGGCUCUGGACACCAUCCGGCCCGAGCACGUCCUGCGCCUCAGCCGGGUCACCGAGAAUUAUUUAUGUAAACCUGAAGACAACAUCUACAGUAUUGAUUUUACCCGCUUCAAAAUUCGAGAUUUGGAGACAGGGACAGUGCUUUUUGAAAUUGCCAAACCUUGUGUUUCAGACCAGGAGGAAGAAGAGGACGAGGAAGGGGAGGCAGGUGGAGAUGUGGACGUCAGCGCAGGCCGCUUCGUCCGCUACCAGUUCACACCGGCGUUUCUCCGCCUCCGCACCGUGGGCGCCACGGUGGAGUUCACCGUGGGAGACAAACCUGUGUCAAACUUCCGGAUGAUCGAGCGGCACUACUUCCGGGAACGCCUGCUGAAAAAUUUUGACUUUGAUUUCGGCUUCUGCAUUCCCAGCAGCAGGAACACUUGCGAGCACAUCUAUGAGUUUCCCCAACUUUCUGAGGAUGUCAUUCGUCUGAUGAUUGAAAAUCCCUAUGAGACCCGUUCUGACAGCUUUUACUUCGUCGACAACAAGCUGAUAAUGCACAACAAGGCCGACUAUGCCUAUAAUGGGGGCCAGUAGCAGCGGCCGGAGCAGACGGGGAGGUGCUUCGCUGUGGCCCAAGGUCCUGGCGCAUGGAGGUGGUUGCAGCUGCUGUCUGUCGACACAUAUCUAGAACGUGGCCUCCGGAAGCCGAGGCUGGGGUGGCAGUUUCCUGUGCUCCAAGAGAGGUGCCAAGCAGUGCUGUGUCUCUUUCCCCCCGUAUUUUUUCCUCCCUUUUCCCCCUGCCCCUUAGGUCGCAGAGGUAGUAAAACUUAGAAGAAUUCUGGAAUCCAGAUAGAAAGUUUAUUUUCCCAGCUCCUUCAGGAUGUCCUGAUGAGCCUGGGUCUCUGCAGGCACAGCUGUACCAGGGAGAGAAGGCUCUUCUGUAGGUUCAGGGGCCCUCUGCGAAGCUGAGACUCCUCCCUCACCUGCAGGGCCACCAUCAGCACACUCAGACCUCAGCCUGAGCAUCAUCCUUAACCUGCUGGAGAGGACCUUGAACGGAGUGGAGCAGAGGAUGGAGCCAGGAGUUGGGGCGUGGGGGUGGGCAAGACUGCCGAACCUAGGGAGCCGCUUACCUGUCUGACUUCCGGGAUCUUGGCUGCUCCUCCUGGGGUACCCCCGAGGUUUCAGCCUGGCCGUGCCUUCCCAUUCUCCUUCCAGACGGAAAAUGAGCUUGUUCUGCUUUUCCUAGCUCCUGCCUUUUGAGUUUCUCCUGAAAUCGAAUGUGUCCGUUUUCUCUGGGAACUGUAGUGUCGCUCGAGGCCAGCACAGGCCUCGUGUUUUGGUUUUUUAUUUCUAGGCUUCUUGUGGGGAGGUUUUAUAAAAUGUCAGGGGUACUCCUGGCGUACGUGAUGUGUGGCUAGACUUUCCCGAGUACCAAUCAGGCUCCUGUGGCUCCUCUGCCUCUUGUCCCCUCUGCUUUUGUACUGAAGCUGCUCUGGAACCAUCCUGGCCGGUCCCACCUAAGUAAGCCGGAUUCUGGUCCUGUGGACCGCUAGUCGGAAUGGUCUCGGUGUUGGGAAAGGGGGAAAUGGGCUGAGGUAGCCUGGCAGAGACAUGUGUUCUCCAAAACGUGUCUCUCUGCACUUCCCUCAGGCCCUCACUGGACUGACUCUCCCCGCCUCAGCUCCCUACCGCUGUAUGUGUGGGCGGAUUUAGGUGCUCAGGCCUAACUCCUGCCCUUCUGGUGAGAUUGUUGCUGUGGCCAGGGCUCAGCGUUCAUAGGAAGGUCGCAGUAGGAAGCGGCCAGGCACAUGGUACCUCUGGCAGGAGUGCCAUCUCCCUGGUGUUGGGGAGAAAGGCUGGGCGGGGCCGGGAGAGGAGGGCCAGCGCUGUGCCGCAGGUGGACCCGGCCUUUCGCUGCCCCAUGUUGCACCCUGUUUGGUUUCUAGAAUGUGAGUGGCCUUGAACUUUGGUUCAGUGCUUUGUGCCAGUCUGGGCUGUGCCAGAGGCCUGCAGCUUGCUCACUGAGAGCACUCUGGUUCAUCCUGGGUGCCGGCCCUGCACCCAGCCCCCGAGGGAGGAAGAAACCGGGCUCCCUGCAGGGCAGGCUGCUCACCCCAGACCUAAUGAGCCCCAGAACUGGAGUUGGCUGCGAAUCCAGGCGCCUUAGGCGUGGCUCCUUCCCGUCCCCAGCGGACGGGCGUCGGCACUGCCUCUUCACCUUCUCUCUCACCGGGGCACCUCCAACAGGUCUGAGUUCAUUGGGCUUUGGAGCAACCCCUUCUCUCUGUGACAAGCCCACUCGGGAGCGUUUCUACUAUUUGAUGUUUAAUUAUUAUCUAGGAAAUGGUUUGGAGCUGCCCAGAGCUCUGCUCGGGAGAGCGUGUCCCAGGCAGACCCCGUCUGUGGGCUCGUGGGGUCCCUCACCUGCAGUGUUAGCGGUUGCUGGGAGGAGGGCAGGAGGAGGCCAGUGUUCUGGCUUGAAGAGUGCUGCACCCUGUUCCUGGGAACUUGCCUUAGUCUCACUGGAGACCCCUGUUCUGCACUUGAAGAUCUGCUGUCUGUACCUGGGACUCCAGUUCUUAUGUCCAGCUACUCAGGAAACCUUGAGAAGCCUCUGGGGUGUUAACUAGGAUAAGUCUGAAAUUCACCCUUCUGUACCCAAACUGGGGAGAGAGUUGGAAAUUAUACUUUCUCUGAAAGUAGCUGAACUCAACAGAAGCUGAAUCAGGAGGCCGUGGCAUUGAGAAGUCCGGACUGUGGGCAGCGGUUACCUGUGGGCCUUGGGGCAGUUGGACAGAAACUGCCUGCCAGGGAGACACGCCCUCCCUUUGUUUAGACCUGGCCCUGGCGAGGCAGCUCCUGGAGGGAACACAUCCCAGCAGACCAGCUCACCCAGCUGUGGCCAGAGGGCCUGCCACCUGCACCCCUCCUUCUGUCUCGCUCCUGUCCUGCCCUGGGGCUCCUGGGAGAGCACCUUUAUUUUCCUGUGGCGCCUUUGGGCUGAGAUGCCCUUUUAGCUUCUGCAGAGAAGACCAUGGUUUAUUUUAUUCUCUGUUUUAAAGGGUAAACAGGAAAUAAGUAAAAGUAGUUCUGGGAUAAAGUAGGUCAUCCUCUCCUCAUAUAUCAGCUCGUAGCUGUCUCACGGAAUGCAAGUAUUCAGGGCUUUGCAGGACUUCCCGAAGGCACUCACAGUCUGGAUCACCCGAUUCUCAAAUACGGGCAGUGAUUUGGGGGUCUUGGAGCUCUCCUUAGACUGAAGAGUCUUGAUGUGGCAGUAGCUGGGGGAUCUUCAACUUGUUUUUUUAGUCGAAGUGGGACUCAUUUCUGGAACGGCCUUCAUAGGCUGUGUCCGGUGUGCCGAUUGGCUGUCUCGCCACCCUUGAUACUCUCAGUUUAGUGCUCCCAGUGUACUGUUAGUUUUUUGCUGUAAAGUCACUUUCUUCCUGGUGGCUGUUGUCACUUCCUGGUGGCUGUGGUCACUAUGUCAGCUUGGGGAAUGGGAACAUUCUCAGAAUUACAGCACAGACUCGGUGUCUGUGGGUGAGGACCCCUGAUGCAGAGGGUGCCAGCCUACCCAGUGAAGGAACCCAAGCGUCGAUCCUGUUUCUCACAUUCCAUGUCACGGAACGUCUUAGGCACAAGAAGGAUCUGAUGGAGGUGGAUUUACUCCUUGUUGUAUACAAAGGAUCACGUAAAGUCGUCGAACUUGUGAAAGUCUAUUUUUUUCCCCCGUAAAUCUAUUUUUCACAGAAUGUAAGAAACGUCAAUUACCAAAUCUGUCCUUCCUCCCUUUCCCCUUUACCUAAGAUCCUCAUUCCAGUUUGUAUUGUCUUUGUGUCCAAAGUAAACUAGGUGACUUAUUUGUAUAAAAUGUUAUUUUGCCACAAGAGACAGUAAUAAAAGAAAGAUUU